GUCAGUCUCAGGUGGUCGGUUCCCGUCAGCCAAUCAUUGCUGCUCCAGGUGAUGAUGUUAUCCUGCCGUGUCACGUGGUGCCUCAGCUCAAUGUGGCGGGACUGACGGUGGAGUGGUCGAGGCCGGACAUUAAGCCUGACCCCAAAGACAGGCUGAGCCGGGUGGAGUAUGUGCACCUGUACAGGGACACCCGCGAGGACACGGACAUGAAGCUCUCUACGUACGUCAGGAGGACAAAGCUGUUCACAGACGGCUUGAGACAAGGAAACAUAUCGCUCAAGAUCAUGAACGUGACUCUUGAAGACAAAGGGAGAUACAGAUGUUUCAUCCCCAAGUUAAAGAGCCCAGUAAAGUUUUCAAUUGUUCAUCUUGUUGUUGAGCCAGAUUAUGGUAAAACCGGGACAACAGAGACGCCACUACAACCCACAAUUCUCACAACUCCCGAUCCAACGGAUGUUAAAGGUGGUUGGUCCAGGCGGAGCAGACUGGUCCCAUUGGUGGUUGUCUGCAUCAUGGCAGUGGUCCUGAUGGUCGGUGGAGUCGUGGUAUAUUUGAUACAGAAAAGUCAAAAACAAGAACUCAUAAAAACCACUAUAAGUUUAGGUGCCUUGCUCAAGGGCACAACGCUAGACGUUGCUUACAAAGAUGAGAGAACUACCCGCCGCAUCUGGAUUCGUUGA